AGUAAUGGAGUCACAUCAUGCAGCAGGUCUCAGUGUUUUCAGGCUGGAGCUCAUUUAGACCGAGGAUCUGUAAUUUACUGUAAAGUUUCCUCUUUUUUUUUUUUUAAAUUCUCAGCACAAGGACUUCUUUCAUAUAUUUUUCUGCGUCAUGCCUUUUUAUGUCGUCUGACUUUUUCCGUGUUUUGAUGUUUAUAUGAGGGGGAUUAACAGGCCCACCAUGGUUUUUCCAACAUAAAUCAACAGUUUCUUCCUACGUUUUAGUGCAGACUACUUUCUGUUUACAUAUAACGGGGAAUGGGAGGACCUCAUUGAGUUUUUUUUUUAAAAGCUGAAAGUAGAUUUUGGAUGCGGGCAUGGGCCAUUUUUUUGCUCCACAGAUGGGUGUUUCGGAGGUGAAAGCAGGGGAGCCGUGCUGCUGCAGAUGAAGGUUUUUGUGUGGAGGAUUUGCGACAUGGGCUGAGCUGCGAUGACUCUUCUCUCCUGACAGCUGUUGAAUUAUCCCGAGGAUGGACGACGGAAAAAGGAGACGGAUAAAACUCUAACUUAUCGGUUAGACUGUAAUUAAAUACCUUUAAGCGCGCACGCACCGGCACGGGGCAACACUGGAGCUUUUGAGCGCACCAGAUUGGAAUUCAGGCGGCGGCCAAAUUUCCAAUCACUAAAUGUGAGGUUUUUACAGUGGAGUUUGGUUGUAGAGUGAUAUUAUUUGGCGUGUUUUUCUUGUACGGAUGGGUUUUCUUUUCAUUAAAAGUUUGCCUUUUGAUACAAUAACGUAAACGUAGUCUUUAAGGAAUAAAUGACGGUGCGUAUUUACGCGUCUGGUGUUAAAAUAUGCAGACGCACGUUUGAGCAAUGUUAUAAAAAUAUCUUAGCAGACUGAAUGUAAAGUCAGCAAAUGUGGUUUUCCUUUUCCACAGAAAGUGGUUUGACCAAAAUAGCCUGUUAGAAGCAGAUAUUGGAUUUUUAAGCCUAUUCUAGUAGUUUUGGAUGUACCCUCAGUUUACGCACAUAUUUAUUCAUUCUGGGUUUUGAGAAUUCGCUUUAGUGACCCUAACAGUUUCAGCUGGAUUUCUCUGGACUCUCUCCGUCUCCUCACCGGACGAUGUGGCUCCCCCGCCUCGCGCUGCUGCUGCUCCGGUUCUCCGGUGUGUUGCUGGUGGAGGGCUUCAACACGUGCCACUCCAUCAACCUGGACGCGCAAAAGUCCCGGCGCAUCGAGGCGGUCCGCGGACAGAUCCUCAGCAAGCUCCGCAUCCGCAGCCCGCCGGAAAAGGACGAGGAUCCGCCGGCUGGCUCUGUGCCCCCGGAGGUCAUGCUGCUUUACAACAGCACGCGGGAGCUGCUGAAGGAGCGCGCGCGCCUGGCCGAAUCUGCGUGCGAGCGCGAGAGCAGCGAGGAGGACUAUUACGCCAAAGAGGUGCAGAGGAUCGAUAUGCUGCCACCCCGAACCGAUACAAAUGCGGUACAGCCAGCAGCCCCCAACCCACAUUACAGAGUGGUUCACUUCGACGUCAGUGGAGUGGACCUGACCAACAGCACCCUUGUUAAAGCUGAGUUCAGGAUAUUUAGAGCUCCCAACCCGCAGGCCCGGGCCUCAGAGCAGAGAGUGGAGAUCUAUCAGCUGCUGAAGCCAGAUGAAGAGAGCACCUCCACUCAACGUUAUAUUGACUCCCGCACGGUGCAGCCGAAGGCGAAGGGAGCCUGGAUCUCUGUGGAGGUCACCGAAACCAUUAAGGACUGGAUUUCAGAUCCAGAGAAUAAUCUUGGCCUGAAGUUAGGUGUCCACUGUCCCUGCUGCACCUUCGUCCCCUCCACUAACAACAUUGUUCCCAAUAAGAGUGAGGAACUGGAGGCUCUCUUUGCAGGUGUGGACGAUGAGCAGCUUCGUCAGAUUAGAAAGCCCGGUCAGGUUAAAGGCCAGGCAGAUUUCAGCACCAAGACGCCACACCUCAUCCUCACCGUGCUGCCCAGUGACCGAGUGGACAACCCCGCCAAGAAGAACCGCAAGAAGAGGGCGGCCGCCACAGACACCACAACCUGCUCCCGCGGCUCAGACCAGGGCUGCUGCCUGCGCUCGCUCUACAUUGACUUCAGGCGGGACCUCAACUGGAAGUGGAUCCACGAGCCCAAAGGUUACAAAGCCAACUUCUGUGCCGGCAGCUGUCCUUACCUCUGGAGUGCCAACAACCACUAUAACAUGAUCUUGCCGCUGUACAACAAGCUGAACCCAGAGGCCUCUGCCUCGCCCUGCUGCGUUCCUCAGGACCUGGAGCCCCUCACCAUCAUGUACUUCAUCGGCCGCACACCACGUGUUGAACAACUCUCAAAUAUGGUCGUCAAAUCCUGCAAGUGCCGCUGAGUUCGGAGGAAGAGGUGAGGGAGGAGAAUGAUUACUGGACCAAAAGCUACAAACUGUUUUUCGCUCAGGGGGAAAGUAAAGACGGGAGGACAGACGGAUCCUUUGUUCAUUAAUCUUAACUGUUUGAUCACCUUUAGCAGACUUUUUCAGACGUUAUAAUGUUACUCAGAUAUCCCAUUCUUUACAGGCAUGAAAACUUCUUCACUCUCUGGAACUUUCCGUUUGAUAUAGGACACUGUACAUACAGUAUGACAACAUAGCUGUAUUAAACCUGCACCUGGAUAUUAAA